AUGUCUUCAAAUGCAUCCGCAUAUGUACCGCUGCCGAAGCAAGGAGACUAUAUCAGGUUGCUGGAGUUGGCCCCAGGCGAUCCUGACAACGAGCUGGUGGGGAAGUUCGUGGUCCACGAUCUCUCAAAUGCAAGUCCUCAAUACAUCGCCAUUUCAUAUGUCUGUGGAAACGACGACCGCAGCGUCUACGAUAUUCUUAUAUCCGGCUCCAAGCUCGGAAUAUACAAGAAUGCCGACGAGGUGUUGAGAAGGUUCCGCUCACCAACGGACAUCAGGUAUCUGUGGAUUGACGUCGCGUGCAUCGACCAGGAUGACAGAAUCGAAAAGGCCCGCGAAGUUAGUCUCAUGUACAAAGUGUACCAAAACGCGGCACAGACCAUGAUCUGGAUGGGCCCAGCCGACAGCCACUCGCAAGCUGCGAUUGCCUAUGCGCGAACGCUGGAUGCAGAAGCAUAUCUGCAGGAAUAUAUCCCGGCCUCCAAGUACAGUGCGUACGGCGACUAUUGGGAAAAGAAGUCGUUCAUCCUGGACGUAUUGGCUGACCAUCCGGACAAGGAGUCACUGGUCAAUUCAUGUGCCGAGUUCUUCCUCCGGGCCUGGUUCUCCCGAGUCUGGACCCAACAAGAAGGCGCUCUGAGUUCGACACCUAUAGUGGUGUGUGGCUCUGAGGAGAUCCCCUGGGCCCAGAUUUUCUCCCUGGCGUGGUUGUUCCAGCCCCGAAAAACAAUUUCGUGGCCAGCGUGGUUCCUUCCCGGGAUCGGAUAUGCCAAACUCGAACCCAACAUAGACGCGGUUGUCAGCAUCCACCACUGGAGAGUCCGCCAAAUGAUGCUGGACAAUCACGCCCCAGAGACGUCCGCGAACUCUCUACUGCAAGCCAUGCGCGGUGCGGCAAAGCAGAAUUGCUACGACCCUCGCGACAAGAUAUUUGCCAUGAGCAACAUCGCUUCUGACUUGCUCUUGGACGACUGGGCGCCGGAGCCCGACUACACGACCACCUGGGAAGAAGUGUACACCGACUUUGCCGCCAGAAUGGCGGAGAGGGGUGACAAAGAAGUCCUAGCAUGGUCUGGCGUAUGUCAACAAGGAGCCGAUUCGGGCCUACCAUCCUGGGUUGUGGACUGGAGAUCCGUCAAUUGGAUCCAGUACUGUGGCCACAUAGAAUGGUCGGCGGGGUCCAGAUCCUUCCGCGCCAAAGUCGAGCAGCUGCCGAAGAAGCGUCAGCGGUAUAUCCUGAACUUGCUCAAGCAACAAAAUCAAGUAAGAACAUCACUUCGGUACAGUCUACAAGUCACCGUCGUCAUGCAGGACACUGUUGUCCAUCUCAGCGGCGUGAUCGACGGCUGGGUCCGUUACGACGAUAUCCAGACAGUCCGCGGAAAUGUGCUGGACCGGGACCAACGGCAACGGAGUUUUAUCCAGAAGUCCCCAUUAUCCGCAUACAUUACCUCCGAGCCUGUCACAGACGCGUACAAUGCUACCCUGAUAGCCAAUACCACCAACGACGACAAACUCGCCACGUCUUCCUAUGUCGCCGAUGGUGUAAGCACCUGGCGCAGAUGGCUGUCAGACGGCGCCGACCUCACCAACAUCCCUGCGUUCCAUGACGCGAUCGACAACAUGGACACCUUCGUGCUCAAACAAUUUUGCGUCUCGGCCCGCGGGUACUUCGGUCUGGUACCCCACAUCACCAAGUCGAGCGACGUGAUUGCCAUCGUCAAGGGCCUCGACAUACCUGUCGUUCUGCGCCCCGUGGGAGAGUACUUUAUCCAUCUGGGUGACUGCUACGUGCACGGGAUGAUGGAGUUCCAAGCCGGGACACUAAUUGAAGAGUUCCGCGUCAGGAUUCGAGACGGUAAGCCCGUCUGGAAUCCUGCGGGUGAUGUGAGACGAAAUGGAAAGAACAUGGACGCUGGGGAGUACGUGAGGAUCCUUGACACGCUCGGAGAAAGGAAAGUGUCGCUGAUUUGA